AUGCCAGCGAACCGUGGCCAAGGCCAGCCCACAAGGUGGUACCAGCUAUGCUUUGUUCCCACUAAUGCAGAUAGUUCAGAUGAUUCAGACACAGAAUCUGUAGUCCUAGCUCCUAAUACUCCAACUCCAACUAGUACAUGGCAAGUUUCUCCAUCAGAAACACCAUCACCACCACGACCUCCAAACCCAGAACCUCAAAUUGACUGGCAUUUUCCACCUCCACCGCCACCGCCACCGCCACUUUAUCUGGAUACCACAGAUGAAGCAUUUGGCAGUGAAUCACAGGAUGAUAUAUAUGAAACUCCUCGUCCCGGUUAUGCAUUUUUGGAUCAUAAUAAUACUCCAACUCCUACUAGUACAUGGCAAGUUUAUCCAUCAGAAACACCAUCACCACCACGACCUCCAAACCCAGAACCUCAAAUUGACUGGCAUUUUCCACCUCCACCGCCACCGCCACCGCCACUUUAUCUGGAUACCACAGAUGAAGCAUUUGGCAGUGAAUCACAGGAUGAUAUAUAUGAAACUCCUCGUCCCGGUGAUGCAUUUUUGGAUCAUAAUAAUACUCCAACUCCUACUAGUACAUGGCAAGUUUAUCCAUCAGAAACACCAUCACCACCACGACCUCCAAACCCAGAACCUCAAAUUGACUGGCAUUUUCCACCUCCACCGCCACCGCCACUUUAUCUGGAUACCACAGAUGAAGCAUUUGGCAGUGAAUCACAGGAUGAUAUAUAUGAAACUCCUCGUCCCGGUUAUGCAUUUUUGGAUCAUAAUAAUACUCAAACUCCUACUAGUACAUGGCAAGUUUAUCCAUCAGAAACACCACUUUAUCUGGAUGCCACAGAUGAAGCAUUUGGCAGUGAAUCACAGGAUGAUAUAUAUGAAACUCCUCGUCCCAGUGAUGCAUUUUUGGAUCAUAAUCCACAGGGUCCCUCUUCUCUGAUUGAGCAAGGAUGGCCUGAAACUGAUAAAAGAAACUACCCUCAGGUUCCAGAUGGUAUCAUCAAUUCCAUUCUCAGGGUGAGGAUCUCAGAGUAUGAUAGAGAUAAACUGUCUCUUUGUCCCAUUUGCAUGGAAGAGCUUAAAGUGGGUUACCAAGCAUGCAAGUUGCCCUGCAACCAUACCUACUGUUCUGAUUGCAUUCUUCUUUGGCUCAACAACAACAAAACCUGUCCUCUUUGUAGGGUUCGAUUGGAUGGUGGGGAAGGUCAAGGUGGUUCUUAUAGCAGAGGUAACAAUAGUUUGGAGCCUUAA